AUGAAAGAUCACACACCUUUGUUGUAUUUAUUACUUAUUUUAAUUACUUCGCAGUUUUCUGCAAAAUGUGAGCAAUUAAAAAAACCGCACAUAAUUUUUAUAUUAGCUGAUGAUCUGGGCUGGAAUGACGUAGGAUUUCAUGGAUUAUCGCAAAUCCCUACGCCAAAUAUAGAUGCUUUAGCAUAUUCCGGUAUAUCUCUCCAGAAUUAUUAUGUUCAAACAGUAUGUACUCCAUCCAGGGCUGCUUUGAUGACCGGAAAAUAUCCUAUUCACACAGGUAUGCAAAACUCAGUUUUGUUUGGAACUGAAGCACGUGGUCUUCCUUUGAGUGAGCGUCUAUUUCCACAAUACCUUAAGGAUUUAGGAUACAGAAACCACAUGAUUGGAAAAUGGCAUUUGGGCCAUUAUAAACGAGUAUACACUCCUUUAUAUAGAGGCUUUGAUUCUCAUUUAGGAUUUUGGACAGGUCAUCAUGAUUACUACGAUCAUUCAGCAUUUGAAAGAUACAAAUAUGGUCUUGAUAUGCGCAGAGGUCUUGAUGCAGCUUGGGAUUUACAUGGACAAUAUACGACUGAUGUAUUUAAUAAAGAAGCAGUUAAAAUUGUUCAGAAUCACAAUGCUUCCAAACCUCUGUUUUUAUAUAUGGCACAUGCAGCUGUUCAUUCUGCUAAUCCUUACAGCCCUAUAACAGCUCCUGAUGGUGUGGUAGAUAGUUUUAGGAGUAUUGAAAACUAUCAAAGAAGAAGAUUUGCUGCUGUAUUGUCAAAGUUGGACGAGGCCGUUGGAGAUCUUAUUGAUGCUUUAUCACAAAAAGAUAUGUUAAAAGACUGUUUGAUUAUUUUUUCAACGGACAAUGGUGGUGCGCCAGAAGUCCAUGAUAAUGCUGGAUCGAAUUGGCCACUUAGAGGAGUAAAAGAUACUUUAUUCGAAGGUGGUGUCAGAGGUACUGGUUUAAUUUGGUCACCACUAUUAAAAAGGCAGCAACGAAUUAGCCAGCAGAAAAUGCAUAUAACCGAUUGGAUGCCAACAUUAUUAUCUGCUAUUGGCGCAAAUGUAUCUUUAGAGAAUAUUGAUGGACUGGAUUUAUGGCAAGCACUAUCAGAAGAUGAAGCAUCACCAAGAAUACAAAUAUUAUUGAACAUUGAUGAUGUCUAUCGACAAGCUGCAGUUAUUGAUGGAAAAUAUAAAUUACUUAAAGAAAACCAGGCGAACAAUCAAUGGGGCAAUUGGUAUGGACCAGCAGGACGUAAUGAAAGUUACAAUAUUCAAAGAGUUCUGAACAGUAAAUCAGGAAAAGCUCUGGCAAAAUUAGGACACACGCCUACGGAAGAAAAAAUUAAAGAAUUAAGAAAUGAAGCUGAUGUCAAAUGUGUUAAACCAGAUAUAGUUACUCCCUGUAAAAUACUAGAAGGAUCUUGUUUGUUUGACUUGGAAGCUGAUCCAUGUGAAUAUAACAAUUUAGCCAAAAGUGAACCGGAGUUGUUACAUAAAAUGCUGAAAUUGCUUGAUAAGUACAAUGCUACUGCAGUGCCAAGAGGAAAUCUUCCAGAUGAUCCUCGUAGUGAUCCCAGCUUAUGGGAUCACACAUGGACAAAUUUUGGAGACUUUGUUGAUUUACCGACUACAGCAAAAUAA